AUGGAGGCAGCCAUAGCUGAGCGGGUGGAGCAGUUCUUAGCAGCAAUUGCAGCAGAAGAAGGGGGGCCCCCGGGGGCCCCCACUGCCUCGAAUGGGGUGAAUGUACACCAGGAGCUGACGGAGCUGAUACUAGACGGCCGCAGCAUCCGCAGCAUAAGCAAAGAAGAUGCAGCAGCACUGGAGAAGUUUACAAAUUUAACAAAACUAACACUCAACCAAACUGGCUUAGCUUCUCUUAGUAAUCUUCCUACUAUGCCAACUGGUGAGCUGACGCAGCUGGAGCAGCUGGGCCUGGAUUUGAAUCCCGUUGCUUCGUUGGGUGAGUACCGGGAGAAGGUGUUCGCGUUGGUGCCGUCUUUGGUUGUUCUCGACUCAAGAGAUAGACAAGGAGAAGAAAGAGAUGCUGCUGACACUGACUCCGAUGAAGAAGAAGACGAGGAAGAGGUGGACACGACUCUGCGUGAUUUCUAUGAAGCUGAAAUGCCCGAUCAAGACGCAGAAGACGCCGAGGAUUUCGAGCCCAACUGUGAGGCUGAGGAAGAUGAAGAAAUAGAUGAAGAAGAUGAAGAGGAAGAGGUGGACACGACUCUGCGUGAUUUUUAUGAAGCUGAAAUGCCCGAUCAAGACGCAGAAGACGCCGAGGAUUUCGAGCCCAACUGUGAGGCUGAGGAAGAUGAAGAAAUAGAUGAAGAAGAUGAAGAUGAUGAGGAAGACGACUUAGAAGAUGGAGAAGGAGAUGACGCAGAAGCAGAAGAAGAGCAGCAGCAGCAGCAGAAAGAAGAGCAGCAGCAGCAGGAAGCUGCUGCUGCUGCAAGCAAGCGGCCAGCUACAACAGAAGCAGCUCCUGUAGCAAAAGCCCAGCGACAGAGCUGA